CGGACAGUCUGUGCGUUGCGAGCGUGACGCACUCGGCCGAGAAUGGGUCACUCGAGUCAUCCUCUCGCUUGCUGCGGUGAGAUGGUGGCCCAUUGAGCUUACAGACAUCGGAGGUGAGGGAGGCCGACCACUCACUGACAGUUCACUGACUCACUGAUGCACUCACUGAUCCAUUGGCCUCAAUGCGGUCGCCGUCCUUUUCUGUUGGCAUCUCUCCCUGUGUGUCUGUCGGCCCAUCGCUGCAGGUUUGUCGUUGAGGAGUGACGGCGGCCUCCUCAUCUGCCGCUGCUGGUGCUGGUGCUGCUAGUGGUGCAUUCAGUUCUCUGCAUGCUCAUCUGUCCAUCUGUUCAUCGAACGAGGUGAGCAGCACACAGAUCAAUGAGCAGCAUGCUUGAUGCACACGAUCCUCUGUCGGCUCUGUCGCUCUGUGCAGGCUGUCGUCGAGCACAUCAUAGCCCAGAUGCACCGCUUGUUGUCCCUUGGCGAUCCACGAGACGCGUGUGCUUCGAAUUGGCAGCGCGGCUCGGGGCAUCGCGUCUGGUGGUGCUGCGAGAUUCGGCCUACCGAAGAUCUUGUGUGUCUUGGUUGGUCUUGUGUGGUUGAUGGGGAGUGCUGAGAGCACGUCGGCGGAGGAGGAGCAGGUGGAGAUGGAACUCAAAGACAUGGAACAGGGUACGCAGGCAGGCAGGCCUGUGCUGUGGCAGGCUCGGUCUCACGUUACGCUGCCUUUUCUCGUUUCUUUCUUUCUUGCGUCACGUCAGGUGUGUUGCAGGACGACAAUUUUCCGUGGUUCCACAUCGUGCAGUGGUGCAGCGAGGACGUGUCGUCGGACACCGUGUUCCGCUGGUCGCUGGACGAGGUCCGCGAAAGAGUGCUGCGGCUGACCGACAGCGUCGAGUCGUUCCUGGAGCAGUGCCCUCCGGCUGACAUACCCGAGUUCACACUCGAUGACUCCACCACAUUCGUAGAAUGGUCAGUCAGCGAGACAGACAGACAGACAGACAGAACAGCAGGGAGAGACAGCGCACGUGUGAGUGUCUGUGUGAGUGUAGGGCGGGUGCCUUGUUGGACCAGCUGCCGUCGCUCAAGGAGGUGCGGUACCGUCUGGUGCCGUCGAGGAUCAAGGAGGAACGGUUCUGGAAACGCUACUUCGGAGCCAUCAAGAACAUUCUCACACAAGAGGUACGUACGUACGCCUGUCUGUCGGUCUGUCUGUCAGCCAGAAAGGCAGAGAGAUAGAGAGGGAGUCAGAGAGAUGGAGAGGGAGAUACAUACAUGCAUGGCCACAGUGGCCAGCACCGUCCCUGUCUGUGGGUGUCGUGUUGGUCCAUUGUGUCCAUUACUCAGUUGCUGGCCACGCCCACAGCUGAGAAGACCCGAGCGUUCUCCAUCAAGGCCUCCGUGCAGAACGGCCUCCCGCCACGUCCUUCAUCCAUCGCACCCGACGCAGCACAGUCGCACACGCACUUGAUGAACGGCACCACCCAGCCCAAUGGCGUCCCACAGACCGACGCCCUCUUGCCCCCUACCAUCCCCAGCCCAUGAUAGCCGCUGCGCCACACCAUGCCGCUCCCAC